GGUUGUCAAUGUUUAUUUUCCUAGCAUUGGCAUAAAUCUUUUUGUAGAAUCUGUAGAAAAAUUUUAAAAUAUAAAAAUGUUGGAAAAUGGGCAAGCUAGCCCGAUUUUAUAGUCAGAAUUCGAACCAACCACUAAACGCUGAUUUUAAAUUAGAAGAGCAGAUGUUCCCUCGUCUGCGAAGCAACUACGAUUUUGGUAGAAACUGGGACUCUAACAGGGCCUAUAUGAGGUACAUGAAAACCCUGGUCCGAGUGCAAAGUUCCAUUCACAAAAGAUUCCACAACCGAAGUUCUGGAAAUUCCCAGGCACAUCUCAGUCGCAUAUCAGCUGGUGGAUCUGCAAAGAACUCGGAUAAGUCUUCUCAGGAACCUAAAGCUAAUAAUCAAUGCUGCGACCAGGCAAAAGAAACUGAUUGCCCUGCGAGUAAUAAACCCCUGGAAUCCUCCGGUCAAAGCUGUGAUAAAUCCCCAAAGAAAUCAGAAAAGCCGGAACCCAUUAAAGCCUCUUGCUGCGAUAAGCCUGAGAGUCAGCACAAAUGCAAAGUAACCUUCGAAAAGCCCGUGGCCACGGAAAUUCCGGUUUUCGAUCCGCCCUUCCGGAACUGCCCGUGCACGGAGCCGGAUGAACGUCAUCUGCCCAUCAUAGGUGUCUGCUGUGAUCAGGAACCAUUACCGGAAAUCCAAAAAACUUGUACCCCUCAGCCGGCCAAAGAACAUAAACAUGAGAAGACAACUGAAAGGCCAAGAGAUCCUCCAGCUCGUCGAUGCUGCAGUAGACCCAUAAUUGUGGUGCCCGCGGGCGAGGGAACUAGCAGGUUAAGGAAGCCUCAAACAAAAGUUGUCACUCAGGAUCACUCCAAAUCUCCACCACCUUCCAAGCAAAAUCAAUCCAAAUCCCAGUCUCUUGAUAAGCCCCAUAAUCCCCCACCACAUUCCGAAAAAUCUUCAGUGGAGCCGCAGAAAACCUGUCCAAUUUGCAACCAAAAUUACCCUGCUCACUCCAAAUGCCAGUGCUCAACUAAGUUUGAAACCUGCCCUUCAGUGGAGAAGCCCCAGUGUUCCACGAAUCCUCCUCCCUGCAGCAACUGCCCAGCCAUAACCGAUAUCUCCAAGCAGCUGUGUGAGAUGAAUCGCCGGUUGGAUGGUCUCCAGAGUCAGGAACUGUGCGACAUUCGCAGCCAGGUGGACAGCCUCAAUGCCAGUGUUCAAUCGCUGGCCAGUAAGUGUAUCGAAGUACCUCCUCCGAAAAACAUUGAGAGGAAGGUCUCGAGCACUUGUCAGUUCUGCCGGGGACAGUCUUUGACCCAGCUGGAUAGCUUCCACUGCCAGCUGAUGGACUUGAUUGGCGAUCGCUGCCUCACCGACAUCGUAAUAUCCAUAUUCCUGCGGGCAGAUAAUCUCUACCACGUGAAUGUGAGGGAUCUGAGCUCGGGCUGUUCUCUGGGCUGCUUCCUGGUCACCGAUGCCGCCAUCGAGGAGGCCAUUCAGUUGGGCGUGUUCCAGGACAUACUCACCUUCAGUGUGAUCGAUGUGCGGAACACCAUCAAGCCGAAGAGCUGCCCCCUGGGCAUAUCCUUUGAGUUCCAUCACGCGGAUCGCCAGAGCGGUGGCUGUGAUCAGAAGGCUCGUGGCACCUGCAUGGUGGGUAAGGACUAUGUGGCCAGGGCCUUGGGUCUUCCCCUAGAGCAGCUCAAGUAUGUGUAUUCCGUUCCCCAGGAACCCACCGGAAAAAAAUCAGAGAAAUCCAGCAGGCACUCGAGCAACAUCAUCUCUAGACUUCCAUCAUGUUCUGCUUCAAAUAGGUCGAGAUCUAAUGGCAAAUCGAAGUCUAGUUGUAGAAAAACUGUCCGGGAUAUCCCCGCUAUAUUACCCAAUGACGACGUCAAGAAAACGAAGAAAACAAGUGAGCUCCGAAAAAUAGCCCCCACCAGAAAUCAGCAAUAUUUUUUUAAGCAAUUUCAUAAAAAAAAGGAGUUCAAGUGUAAAGAUUAAGUAAGGCCCAUCCAAAUUUAUUAUAUUUAAUAUGAUUUUAAUUAAAUUAAAUUAUGCAAUAAA